AUUGUCACGUGACAAAAGGAGCGGAAAUGUCAAGCGCCCUCUUGUGUUAAGAAAACACAGGCGACAUUUUGGAAAAAAAAAGAUAACCGGAAUUCGGUGAACUAUCAUCGUGCGAAGGUAUAAACAAGGAGUAACGCUCACGCAUCGUAAAUAAAUGGAAAUAAAAGAUCAAGCAUGUGGCCAAAGACCACAAUGAGAUAGCUGGCAGUUGAUUUAUACAUAUCUGUACCAGUGGAGGAUCAGACAUUUUAAGGAGUGUAAAUGUCCUUUCAAAGAUAGGAUGGGUUACAACUGGACUAUAUUGAACGGUCGUCAGUUUGUGGUUUGUCCAUCUGUCUGAUCCUACUGCAGUAUAUAUUCUUUCACCAAAUACACUUAAAAAAUGGCCGACCAUUCAGAUUUGGUCGCUGAAAUCCCGAGCGUUGAGCGGAUGGGAACACAAGAACGACUGAAACAUGCCAAAAAACGUCGGUCCCAGCAAAUGAAGAAGUGGACCAACUACGAAAAACAGCUGGAAAAGGACAGCAGCAAAAAAACUAAGAAAGGUCAGCCUCUGAAAAAGCACCGUAGAACAAAGACGACAAGAGUGCGCUUCAAAGGAAACAUCAUGAUAUUGGAAUCGGCAGCGCGUAAUGAUUUAGAGGAUGUAAAACGUCUUCUUAGUGCUGGAGUUAACCCAGAUGUGACCAAUGAAGAUGGACUCACUGCCCUACACCAGUGCUGUAUAGAUGACAAUGAAGAAAUGCUGAAGCUUCUGCUGGAAUUUGGAGCAUUAGUAAAUGCACGUGACACAGAACUAUGGACUCCACUUCACGCAGCAGCCACCUGUGGUCAUGUUCAUUUGUGUCGAUACCUUAUAGACAAGGGUGGUGAACUUUUGGCUGUCAAUGCAGACGGGAACAUGCCUUAUGACAUCUGUGAGGAUGAAGUGACACUAGACUAUAUAGAAACAGAGAUGGCAAAAAGAGGUAUAACCCAAGAAGACAUAGAUGAUACCCGACUCAUUCCAGAAAAGCAAAUGUUGAAUGAUCUGAAACUUAUUGCAAGGAGAGGAGGAGAUUUAGAGUUUAUUAGUUCUGAUGGGGCCACUCCUUUACAUAUAGCUGCUGCCAAUGGUUACCAGGAAGUAGCUGAUUUUCUAUUGGACCACCAUGUUUCCGUGGACAGACGAGAUUUCGACUCUUGGCAACCAAUUCAUGCUGCUGCAUGCUGGCUACAGCCUGAAAUCCUGGAAAUUCUGGUUAGGAAUGGUGCUGAUAUUGAUGCCAAGACAAGGAACGGGGAGACAGCUUUUGACCUGUGUGAAGACGCAGAGAUACGACAGAAAAUCCUAGACAUGAAAGAUGAAAUUGAAACGAACAAAGCAAGUCGUACAAAGGACAGUGUGCGCCGCAGUACAAAACACACGAGUCGAUCUAGCGGCCACUCCCACAACCUGUCAAAUAGUUCGAGUUCAGUGACAAAUUCCAAUACGUCCCUGAACGAUCAUUACGAGCACUCCCACCAUCACCAUAAGGCCUCCAACAGUGCUUCGAUCCGACGGAGUAGCAUGCGGGGGGAGAAGAGCCCACUAUUCAUGAAGGAGGCCCGCGAGGAGGCUCUUCACUUUGGCUGGAGACAGAAUGGUGCUGAUGAGGAGGAUCUAAUGGAGGAGGACAAAGAGAACAGCCCAGCAACCAACAUUGAAGAUGUUCAGCUCAUCAUCGACGAGGAAAAACCUGAACCAGCAAAGCAGACUUCACCUCCACCCGCAAGACAACCAAAGACUGUUGAUACUACAGCACCCCUAAAACCUUCCUCUGGGAACCGACAGGCAGACAGGCCACCAGUAGAACGACAGUCAUCAUCUUCGAGAUCAAAUAAACAGGGACCUCCCCUUCAGAGUCAACCCAGUCAAAAACCCCGACCACCGAACCCUCCCCCCAGCUCCCGACAGGAGCACCCGAGCUCACAACGUGAGACAACACCGGACAAACCCAAACCCAGCAACAUUCCUAAGUCAGUUUCAGAACAGGAGAGCUUGCGUCGUCGCCAGCAGGAGAAACGAGGUGACUCCUCCAGUCCUCGUUUAAAAUCGAACACAUACCAGCUGAACAACAGCGAGGCAGGGACAGGGUCCACUGUUCGUUAUCCCUCAGGUCCCACCUCCAUAACACUAGCAGACUUGAAACGACAACGUGCCGAGUCCAGAAGUCGAGAAAACAGUUUAACGGACAUAAGCUCUCAAGUCCAGAACAUGUUUAUAAACAGUCUUAGCACUAAUGACACCAAAAAGUAUAGUUCAUCUUCCCUACAUGGUAAGGAGCCCCCUCACAAAGAUAGGAAUGGUCACAACACAAACAACAACACUCAGGGCUACCAUCCAGACGCUGUUCACAAAUUUAAAGCCCCUCACAGUGCGCCGGUGAUCGGAGAGGAAGAGAAACAGGGCUGCUGUGUUGUCAUGUGAUUUUAAAAGUGGAGGGGGGCGGGCUUACCAUAAUGGGUCACAUGCAAUGUGAAUAUUUUUUAGAACAAAUUAGUUUACUAAACAAUGGGAAUCCUCGAUCCAUGUUGUUGAAUGAGCAGCUACAACAUCAUGGUUUGGUGAUCUUUGCUAAUAUGUGAUACUUUUUUUUUUAAGAAUAGAGAUAUUUUGUGUGUUUAAAAGAUGGACUUUAUGGUGAUAUAUUCCUGAAUGUUACAAGUAUUGAUAGAGACUGCUUUAUACUUGUAUAACUGUAUUUAUUUUCAUAUAUAAGUCUACACAAGUGUUAAUGGGGAUGGUACUGUGCACUGGCAAUUAAUGCUUUUCAUAGAAUUUGUGCUCAAAUUCUUAUUUUAACUGCUCAAAAAGUGCUGAUGGACUUUCAAUUGAAAGUUUUGUCUGUCAUUGUUGGACAAUGGUUUUUGUUACAUGGAUAUUCCAAAAACAGACAUCUAUAUGAGACUUAUAGCAAAAUCUUCAUUUUUUUGCUCUUCACAGAUUUACAUAAAAAUCAUACAUUAAUAUAAAAUGUCACCAACUGCCAUAGUUUUGAUAGAAUCCACUUUUACCCAUUUUUCAUCUCCAGAAUAGUAAUUAGAUAUAUCACAUCACAUUCCAAAUCUCAUUUAGAAAUGCAUUCCCUCUUGUUCUAAUCAGUUAAGUCCAUGAUGGAAAACCACUCAGACUCUAAAGUUUUGUCUUUUGGAUGGAAAAUCAUCCAUUCUCAAACUAAAGAUCCUCAUGAUGGUUUCUCCAACAGGUAGAGAUUUUUCUUAACAGUAAUCAAAAUGGAUGGACACUCAAUUCAUAAUAUCAAACUGUCAGAUAAAACUAAAAGUAUAUAAUAUGAAGACUCAUUCAAAGACAAUUUGGUUCAUUUUACCACCAUCUGAAUGUAGUCAGCAUGCUUAUGUAAUCAGUGCUGUGUUGAUUACUGUGAGAUGAAGCAAGACUGGAAAUGGGAAAAGUAAUGAUUGAAUUUACCAUCCACUUAAAAUGGAAAAAAAAUUACCCCUGAAAUCUGCUCCACAAUUGAUAACUAAUCAAAUUAUUUAAUGGGUGUUUUUUUAUUUUCAUUUGGAGGGGAAGGCUUUUAUACAAGUGAAAUGCACAACUGAACAAAAUUUUACCAAUACCUACACUGUAGCUAGUACACACCUACUAUUUCUUUUCCUGUAUUAGUAUUUCGGCAGCUUUCUAAAUCGUGUUAUCAAGUGACGUAUAAUUAUUAUUAAAAUUAAAAAAAUAAUUUGAAGUGCUAUAUAUGGUUUGCACCACUUCCAAGUGAAAUCAAAUGUGUCACCAAACGAUGAAUCCUCAAUUUCUUGCAGUAUAGCAUCAGAGAGAAACUCUCUGCAAAAAAGUAACUUUAAGAAAAUGUUAAGUCUGUAGAGGAAUCUCAUUGCCUGUCUGUCUGUAGAUGGAUUUCAAAAUACCUGUCAGUCUGUGUAGCUAGAGGGAUUUCAAAAUACCUGUCUGUCCGUGUAUUUGUGGAGGAAUUUCAUUGCCUGUAUGUCUAUAGCGAAAUGCAAUGCCUGUCUGUGUGUAUAUUUAGAGGAAUUCAAUGCCUGUCCGUCUUUGUGUUUAGAGGAAUCUCAAUGCCUGUCUGUGUCUAGAGAUAGGGGUAUGGAAAGUGUAAGUCUCUUCUCACUUCUUGCAGAGAAAUUCAAAGUAAACUUACUUAUACAAUGUAUAGCGUAGCGUUGGAUGCUUCUUUAAACUCCUGAUCUGUAUGUAACCAACAUUUUGUGACUUGAUCUGGUUAAGGACAGGAAUGUUCUCAUAAUUAAAGUAACCUUUGUUUCAAAAAAUUUGAGUCUUUAUAGAUCAUAGUUUUCUGGUAUCAAUUAGCUGUACCGAGUUUUAAAAAAAAAAAAAAAAAUUCCUUCUGGAUGAAUUUCCAUCUAAAGUAUCAGUUUUCCAUCAUGUACUAGACUGCCAUUAGGUUUCCUUGACAACUUUUAAUUCAUUGACCAACUAACUUUUGUUUAAAAACAAAUUAAAUAAAGAAUUUUGGCUGUUUUGUGCCAUUCACCUUGAACAAAUUUCUUUUUGGAGUGUAUAUUGUAUGCAACAUUAUCAGUAAAUUUUCUUACCAUUACUAAUCAAUCACAAAAAAACUAUGUACUUGUUUACUGCAGAGGAGAUAUUCAGAUUGUCAUAAUGUGAGGAGGAAGUCAGUAAGUUAAAGGCAGCCAAGGUCACGGGGACAAAGGGAAGGAAUGCAUAAUGUAUCAAACACUGACCAGAAGCCCUUGUGUGUGUAUAACGCCAUCUGGAAGCCUCUGUGUGUCUGUAUGUGUGUCUAGCACUGACUGUGUGCGUGUUUGUGUGUGUGGCGUGAAGCACAUUUACUGCACAGCCAAUUGUAACAGGGUUUCAGUAUAUAUGCAAUAUUAUUUUAUUUUUAGAAGUGCUGUAAACUUUGUAGAUUCCCGCUUUUGCAAGCUUUCAUUUACAUAUUUAAGCAAUUUUAUUUAUGCAGUUCACAUACGGUUCCUGUAUUUUUUAUGUUAAGCACCAAUAUCAGGUUAGCUGUACAUUGUGAUUGAUAGGAAGAGAGAACGUAUGGAAUUGAUUAGUAUCAAAACUAACAAAGGAUGACAUUUAAUCAUGGCUCAAAAACUUAUGAAACUAAAAGGUUUAUAUUAUUUUUUUUUCUAUGUGGAAUAAAUUUAGUUCAUUCCAUUCCAGAUGCAUAUCAUAUACCAUAGUAGUAUGAUUUGAAAAUUCCUCAACAAUAAAAGUAUUUAUAAAUGAUUCAUAUUUUUAUCAUUUGUUGAACGUUAUGAGAUGGUACCCCUGAUGGCUUUCACUUUACAUAUUUUUGAUUUGUCAAAGGAAUUUCUUGUAUGUACAAAUCUAUGCAAGAAUUAUUUAGUCAGCGUACAAUAUUAAGAAAAGAUUUUAGUCAGCAUACUUUUUUUUACUGCCGAUUUAAGAUUUACAAGAAAUGUCAAGAAAAAUGCUGAGAAAAGGUGUAAGUUAUGAAUUUUCUUUCAUGAUGUAUUUCUGUAUAUUUAAUUGAUGUACAGUUUACUUUAUGAUAUCAGAUUUUGUUUGUCAUUGAGGGUGAGAAUUCACAGGUUGUAUGGAUAUUUUAAUGCGGUCAGAUGUUAGUUUUAUCAGGCGUAAACAUCAGCUCAUGGGAUCCAGAUAUAGUUGUGUAUUUCAAAAUUGAAUAUUGAUUAUUUCCAGAAAACAUCUAUAAACUUAAAUAUUUCUCGGAUUUGAUUAACUUUUUGUAUGCAAGGACAUGUAUCUUUCAAAUUAUAAACCUGAACAUUUUUCUAGGGAACCAGGUAACAGGAAAACGGUGAUUGUACCUUAAUGUAAGUUUGCACUUGUAUAUGGUUAUUGUAAUAUUUGUUUCUGAUAGGCAGUAAAAUUAUACAUCUAUGAAUGGAUACCAUACUAGUUGUUUGGAAACAUCCAUUCCAUUUUUGUGUUAAAAUCAACUUAGAAAAAAAAAUGUUUUCAAUGGAACAAAUAUUAAACAGACUAUACCAGGC